CAGCUGACUGGGCGCUUAGCAUUGUUAUCUGCACCGCGGUACUCUAACUUGCUUUAGUCAUAACAUUUCCUUAUUGUUUCCCUGAAAACCCCUAAGAAUCCAUAAUUUCUCCAAAAUGCCUGUGAUGUACAACACGGGCGACUGGUUCACCUUGCGGCUGGGCAAUGUUUACAGAAAGUUCGAACUCUAUGGACUGGAUUGGCCGCUCGAUAUUGAGCUGGAGCAAAUGUGUGUUGUGGGGGCUCCUUUCGGUGGGCCAAUUGCCAUCGUGAGAGAUCAAAAGCAAAUUAUUCCAUUGAAAGGAUCGACGAAACCAUUGAUAAGGAUUAUUAACUCGGCCGGGACUUUGAUUUCAACAAUAACGUGGAAUCAUGGAAAACUUCUCACCAUGGGAUGGUCGAACGAUGAGGAAUUGGUAUGCGUUCAAGAUGACGGAAACAUAAUCAUUUACGACAUGUUUGGUGAAGAAAAGCAAACGCUCAGCAUGGGACAGGAAGCAAGCCACACAAAGGUUUUAGAUGCAAAAGUGUUUCCAUCAAGCGCGGGAACUGGUGUAGCUGUGAUGACUACUAGUUUUCGGGUGUUUCUCAUUAACAAUAUAAAAGAGCCCAAAAAUCGUCAGCUUCCUGAAAUUCCCAAAUCAGUUUUGAGUCCCAAAUGCUGGGAAAUUGUCUCAGAAGAGCGAAACACAUACUGCCUUGUAGGCAAUGAAAGAGAACUCAUAAAACUGGCUCUGGGUCAUAAUGUUUACGACGUUAAAGUGCCCCAAAUUGAAAAACCCUACAACAGCAUCGUACUCAUCUCAAUUUCGUACAACCAUCGGUACAUGGCUCUGUGUACAAAUACUGGAAUCAUCUGGCUCGGCACCACUGAUAUGAAAACUAAAUUCUGUGAAUUCGACACACAUCGCAGUGAGUGUCCGAAACAAAUUGAAUGGAUUCUGGAUUCAGAGAAUUGCAGACAAUCCGACGCAGUAGCCAUCACAUAUCCAUCACUUCUUCUUAUUGUAAACACAAAAGGCGAUCAGACUUCAUACACAUAUGAUCCAGCAAUUUUUUUGAUACCCGAAAUGGAUGGGGUGCGAAUUAUAUCGAAUUUAUCACAUGAAAUGCUGCAAAAAGUACCGAAUCCAGUUCAAAAUAUAUUCGCAAUAAACAGUCAGGAACCGUCGAGUUUUCUUUUCGAGGCACAACGAAAAUUUCAGGAGCGAAGUCAUCAGGCUGAUGAGUAUUUAGGACCAGUUCGAGAGAAGAUUGAUAUUGCUGUGGCGGAGUGUAUUGAAGCGGCCGGGUAUGAGUUUGAUACGGAGACGCAGAAGACGUUGAUAAGGACUGCAUAUUUUGGAAAAGGAUUCAUUCAAUCUUACGUGCCGGACGUUUAUAUUAAAAUGUGUCGCGUUCUUCGAGUUCUGAACGCAUUGAGACAUCCCCGAGUUGGACUACCGUUGACAUACAAACAAUUCAUUGAGUUAACUCCUAACGUUGUUUUGGAUCGUCUGGUCUUUCGCAAACACUAUGCCAUCGCGAUACAAGUUGCAAAGUAUCUCAAAUUGGCGGAGUCGAGGAUUUUGGAACAUUGGGCUAUACAUAAAGUGCUGCAUGAUAAAAAUGAUAUUGAGGUAGCGCGAAAAAUUACGGAAAAAUUCAAGAAUCCUACAGUUCAAGGAGUCUCUUUCUGCAAUAUUGCGGCAAAAGCUCAUGAAGUUGGUCGUGAUAAUUUGGCGAUAAAGUUGCUUGAGCAAGAACCGAAACGAUCACUGCAAGUUCCUUUACUGCUGAAGUUAGGGAAAGACGAAAAGGCAUUAUCCAGCGCCACGGAGUCAGGAGAUACUGAUCUAGUGUUCAUGGUCCUGCUGAAACUCAAGGAAACAACUCAACUAGCCAAAUUUCAAAUGAUCAUUCGUAAAUUUUCCAUGGCGCACAAUCUCUACAAGAAAUACUGUCAAAUGUACAGCAAAACUGCCCUCCAAGAGCUUUAUAAUAUGGAGGAUGACUAUCUGUCGCAAGCUGAGUUUUCACUGCGUGAGGCGAUAGAUAAUUCUAGUUUAGAAUCUUCUCUCCUGACAACGUCCGCACUGUACAGCAAGGCCCAUAGGGAAGUGGAAUCAUCACUUUGUUCAGAAGUGCGCAAAGUUUUGGGACAACAAAAAGUCUUGUCAGAAAAAUACCGAACUUCUGAUAACUCACAAUUUUACGGUUUGUCUAUAAAUGAUACGCUUAAGGCAUUGCUUCGGGUUGGAGAUCUGAAAUUAGCUGAGAAAUUCAGAAACGAAUAUAAAAUUCCAGAAAAAAGAUUUUGGUGGGCAAGGAUUGAAGUGUUAGCGUCACAAUUUCGUUGGGACGAGCUUGAAAAAUUCUCGAAAUCGAAGAAGAGCCCAAUUGGCUAUGAGCCAUUCGUAGAGGUUUGCUUGAAGGAGAAUAAAGUCCAAGAGGCUGCAAAGUACAUAGCCAAGUGUCGCGAGGAUAAGAAGAUCAAAUGGUUCAUAAGGGCUGGAUUAUUAGACGAUGCGGCCCAGACUGCCUUUGAACAACGCGAUGUCCAGAGUCUCUUGAAUAUCCAAAUGACUGCAAAUCGAGCUGACAACAAUAUUCUUGUUGAAAAGUUGAGCUCUUAUAUUAGUCAGUUGUCUAGCAGAAAUUAAGGAUUUAGAAGGAUUAAGAUAUUGGUUUGUAAGGUAGCGAAAUGAUAUUUAUAUGCAAUAUUCCAUGCCUCAUAGUCUAUUAUGUGAUAAAUAAAAAUAAACUUUAAUCGCAA